AUGUUUCGAUCGGAGGCGCACUUCCGCAUGCUGGCCAACCUGCGCUUUCUGGAAUUACAAAAGUUGCUCCUUAAAAGGUUUCAAAUUUUCAAGAAUGAAGAAAUAACUGUGCUCAAGAAAGGCAACAUGAAGACCAUUUUGAACGAAUGGGCUGAAUUCUUAACCAAGGAGCAGAAAAGGACAAACAUCACACACAUCCCAGAUGAAGUGUUGCAGAGUAAAAAGGUGGCCGACAUUUUGAAAGACGACAUUGAAUGCAGGUGGUUGGUUGAUCGGAUCAAUGUGGGCAGUAAUCAGGGCGGUGUGAAUGACAUUAUUAGUGAUGCUGACCUUGGGCACGAUGGCUCCGCGCUGAGCAAAAUGGACCAACUCCAUUUCGAUGAGUAUCCAAACUUGUUCUAUUACGAGUACCCGCAAUUCCCGUACAACUAUUAUGACAAAAAAAAAAUGAGCAACUUUUAUUCGCUUAUAAAAUUCCCCUACAACGAUAUAUUAAAUAUUUCGAGGAAGAUCAAAAGGGAUGUGACCCCCCCGGGUGGUAAUGGUAAUGCUGAGGAGGGGAAGAUGAAGCAGAGCGAGAAGCCGCGAGCGGACGCGUUGGAAUCAACGCAUGUCGACGUAGUUGAUGAUGACUUCAUGAAUUACUCCAGCAAUAGUUAUGUGUAUGCCCCCUCGGAGAUGGAGACGUCGAAGGAGAACUACCAUGAGUAG